AUGGGUGCAACUACCGAAACCCCGGGCUCCGACCCGGAGAAGCGGGUCCCAACGGACAUCCUCCCCGCCGCCGCCACCACCACCGGCUCCUCCCCCAUCGACGAUGACCCCGUCUCCUCCAAGCACCACAUCACCGACGAGACCGGCGCCCUCGCAGCCUCCGCCCUCAACUCCGCGCCCCUCGACGAGGCCGAGUCGCGCUCGAUCCUGGCCAAGCUGGACAGGCGCAUCCUCCCCUUCCUGUGCAUCACCUACGCCCUCCAGUUCAUCGACAAGACCUCGCUGGGGUACAGCUCCGUGUACGGCAUCAUCAAGGACAACAAGCUGGUGGGGCAGCAGUACAGCUGGACGAGUUCCAUCUUCUACUUUGGCUACCUCGUCGCCGAGUACCCCGGCGUCGCCGUCCUGCAGCGCUUCCCCGUGGCAAAGUUCCUCGGCGUCAACAUUGUGCUCUGGGGCAUGAUCCUCAUGACCACCGCGGCGUGCAGCUCCUUUGCGGGGCUGGCUUCGGUCCGGUUCCUUUUGGGCGUCACGGAGGCGACCAUCUCGCCGGGUUUCGUCGCCGUGACGGGCAUGUGGUGGACGCGGCAGGAGCAGGCGGGCCGCUCGGCGCUGUGGGUGUCGUUCCUCGGCGUCGGGAGCUUCGUUGGCACGCUGCUGGCGUACGGUAUCGGGCAUAUUACCGGCUCGCUGUCGCCGUGGAAGUAUGUGUACCUCAUCCUCGGCGCCAUGACGGUAGUGUGGGGCGUCGUCUUUACACUAUUUGUGCCCGAUGGCCCGGCUGGGGUGGCGUGGCUGACGGAGAGGGAGAGGGUCGUGGCCGUGCAGCGGGUUGCGGAGAAUAAGACUGGCACGGGCCGGAGCAGGACGUUUGUGAAGGCGCAGGUGGUUGAGGCGGCCAAGGACCCGGCCGUCAUCAUCCUCGGUCUCAUCUCGUUUGUCAACGCGAUCGCGUCGGGCGGGUUGGCUUUUGGGUCCUUGAUUAUCCAGGGCCUCGGGUUCAGCCCGCUCAAUACCACGCUGAUGAAUCUCCCUCUUUCUACUGUCCAGGUCGUCACGCAGCUUGGAGCCGGGAUUUUGAGCAGCAAGAUCAAGAGCUCCAGAUUACACGUUGGCACGGUUGCCAUGAUCCCACCGAUCAUCGGCACCUGUCUCAUCAACCAACUCCACACGGACAACAAAUGGGGCCGUCUCAUCGGCGUCUGGCUGCUCGGGUCCUACCCUGUCGGCUUCAUGGUCAUCCUCGGCCUGCUCUCGACCAAUAUCGCCGGAAGCACGAAGCGAUCCGUCGCCUCGGGCUGGGUCUUUGUGUGCUACUGCGUCGGGCAGAUUGCCGGCCCGCAGUUCUUCAAGAGCACCGAGGCCCCCGCGUACCACAGCGGCAUCGUGGCUAUGCUGUGCGGGUUCAUCCUGAACCUGGUCCUGAACCAGGCCCUGAGGUUCAUCUACGUGCUGGAGAACAGGAAGCGCGAUAGGAUUCUCGAGGGAAAGUCGGAGGAGGAGAUUGCGGAGAUGCAGCGGGAGGGUGAGGUGCUUGGGUUCGAGGAUGUGACGGAUAAGGCCAAUCUCAUGUUUCGAUACGUCCUUUGA